CGGGUCCACUGCGUUUUGUACCUACGCGUCUUUUGCCACGCAGGCACUGAAGUCAACCAACAACUAGUGGAGAUGGGUGGGAUCAGCACCAACUCUGCGAUAGCCACGUAGUUGUCAAGCUACCAACGUUAGCCGGGGAGCUAACGUCAACGCUACAAUGGACCUGCCACAUCAUGGUUACCGAGCAACUAAACCCAGAGCUCGUGCUGCUCCCCCUGCAGCAGAUUCUGUCCUCUUUGAAGACACCAGCUCUGUUGGGCCAGCGAUGAACAGUCAGGGAUAUUACACUCCUGGGUACAAUAUGGAAGGAGCCUCUAACAUACAAGAAGGACCUGGAAUGAACAACCUGUUUGCUGACCCCAUGGCCAGUGCAGCAAUGAUGUACGGGUCGUCCUUAGCCAACCAAGGGAAGGACAUGGUAAACAAAGAGAUCAGCAGAUUUAUGUCGGUGAACAAGCUAAAAUAUUUCUUUGCUGUGGACACCAGAUAUGUACUGAAGAAACUUAUGAUCCUCAUGUUUCCCUAUACACAUCAGGAUUGGGAAGUUCGUUACCAUCGAGACACUCCACUGCCCCCGAGACAGGAUGUGAAUGCACCUGACCUCUACAUACCAACAAUGGCAUUCAUUACCUACAUUUUGCUUGCUGGAAUGGCCCUCGGCAUUCAGAAAAGGUUCAGCCCAGAGGUUCUUGGACUGUGUGCCAGCACUGCCCUCGUGUGGAUCAUCAUUGAAGUGUUGGUGAUGCUGUUAAGUUUGUACUUGUUGACCAUACACAGUGACCUGUCAACGUUUGAUCUCAUCGCCUACAGUGGAUACAAAUAUGUUGGGAUGAUCUUUGUAGUGAUGGGUGGCUUACUGUUUGGCAGUGAUGGUUAUUUUGUGGCCCUUGCCUGGUCAUCUUGUGCCCUUAUGUUCUUCAUUGUGCGAUCCUUGAAAAUGAAGAUCCUUCCCUCUCUUUCAUCUGACUCUAUGGGAACAGGGUCGAGUGCCAAACCACAACUACGCCUUUAUGUGACUGCAGCCACUGCAAUCUUUCAGCCUAUAAUCAUCUAUUGGUUAACAUCUCACUUAGUCAGGUGACUGUGAGGUAUAUGUUGACCUGAUGUCCAAAAAUUCUUGGAUGCAUCCCACAAAUGAGAUUGUUGUGUGUUUCUAUACUUGCCUUUAUAUGCUUUUUUGUCAAGUCUAACACAUACAGUAUGUGGGCAUACUUUGAGCUGAGGCGUGUGUUCAACUCAUUGGGCGGACAAGUCAACAAUGACCAGGUUACAUUGAUUUAAUCAAACAAUGUUUGUUGUCUACCAUGAGUAUUCCAUUACAUAAAAGAUGCUUAUUGUUGAGAACUGAAAACACAAGGGCUUUUAUUGAGAGAUUUGAUUUGAAAUAACAUGUUCCUCUUUUUAUAAAGCUCCUGGACAUUCUUUCCAUUUCCAUAUUUACAGCCAGACAGAAACACAUUAUACUCAAGUACCAUUAUUUUGUUGUGGUAAUAUUUUGGCAUUAUCUCCACAAUGUUGUGAGUCCUUGAUUUUAUUUACCUACAUGGCAUGGUACCAUGGUACCGACAAAGCAUGGUAAUCUUUGGAUUUUGUAGAAAAAAAUAAAUAUAUUUAGCUUUGUGUAUUCAAAUUAA